AUGUCGACGUCGCGCUUUGUCUACCAACCUAUCGAGGAGGUAGAAAGACUGGAGAAUUAUCGGCCUGGGGGAUACCACCCAAUACAAAUCGGCGACUGUCUACAUGGGCGAUAUCGCAUAGUGCACAAGCUUGGCUACGGGUCAUUCUCAACGACUUGGCUAGCUCGAGAUCACCAGUUAUCGACUCUUGUCGCCAUCAAAGUAGGCACCGCAGACUCAGACCACCGUGAGGUCGACAUCUUGUCUCGCAUCACUGAUCCUCCUCUUGAAUGCAGCAAACCCUUGCUCCCGACAGUUCUUGACCGUUUCAGUGUUCGUGGUCCCAACGGGAUGCAUUUUUGCAUAACAACAUAUCCGGCAAGAUGUAGCCUUGCCGAUACCAAAGAGGCCUCCAAUUCUGGUCUGUUCCAGCUCCAGGUUGCCCGAGCUCUUGCCGCUCAACUUGCCAUGGCUGUCGCACGGACUCAUGAGCAGAAAUAUGUUCAUGGAGACCUUCAUCUGGGCAAUAUCCUCUUGCAUUUGCCAUCAAGUCUUGACCAUCUCUCAGAGGAGCAGCUGUACGAUAAGUUCGGAGCGCCAGAGCCAGAACCAGUAAUACGGCUAGACGGAAAGCCACUUUCACUCAAUGCGCCUUCAUAUGCCAUCUCACCAGUAUGGCUUGGUGAACCCAGUGAGAAUGUCGUGCUCUCAGAUGCGAAGCUCCUCCUUAUAGACUUUGGGGUAGCCUUUCAACCUUCGGAAGAAUUGAGGCUCCAUUCUUACACGCCGCUUGAGAUCCGCCCGCCCGAAGCUCGAUUUGAGCCGACAACGGGCCUCUCCUUCGCGUCCGAUAUCUGGAGCCUUGCUUGCACUAUAUGGGCUAUUCUCGGCCAGAGAUCGUUGUUUGAUAGCCUUCUAGCGACUCAGGACGAUAUUACGUGCGAACAAGUUGAUGCUCUUGGCAGCCUUCCAUUGGAGUGGUGGGAGAGAUGGGCGGCGCGCACGACGAAAUUCGCCAAACCGGGUCAGCCCUUAGAGGGGCGAUCCGUGUGGUCGUGGAAUCAGCGUUUCGAGGACAGCAUACAAGAGCCUCGUCGUGCAAAGGGAAUGGCGGCCCUCGACAUCAAGGAGAGGGAUGCUUUUUUCGCAAUGAUGCAAUGGAUGCUCAAGUUCAGACCGAAUGAUCGGCCGACUGCCAAGCAAGUCUUGGAAACGGAUUGGAUGAGGUAUUGGGCUCUGCCGGAAUGUGAGAAGAUUACAGAUUGA